CUCCUUGACGCGGUCCUUAUUCAUGACGCGACGCGCUGAAGUCGUUGCUUGUUUUCUACCACGAUGUCGAACACAAUAGCUUUGUACCCGCUGUCCAACUUUACCUUCAGCGCGAAAGAGGCGCAGCCCGAAGAGGACUUUGGCAUGCGCAGGACAGAUGAGGGGGUCCUUGUCGUCCACGAUCACGGACAUCCCCAUAUCCUGAUGCUCCAGACCGCAAAUGCGUUCUUCAAGCUGCGCGUCCUCGCCUUCCCCGGAGACUACCUGAAAUCCGGAGAGGAUGAAGUCGAUGGCCUCAAGCGGCGCCUGAAUGAGUGCCUCGCUCCACCGAACGCCUCAAAGUGCAAGAAACUGUUCCUGGUCCAGAUGACCGAGAAGUAUGUCCUGGCCGUCGCAAAGAAUAUGAAGCUACUCGCCAUUCCCUUGUUCGAGCUUUACGACAAUGCCGCCAAAUACGGCCCGCAAUUGUCUGCCAUCCCGCACUUGCUGUCUAGGUGGGCGCUAUCUUACGUCCGUCGCUCGCGCUGAGUACAACUUCAUCCACCAAUGAAGUGGCUAUGACCAGACAAUCCCAUGCAUCGCUU